UGCAAAUUAGUCAUGAUAGCUAUUAUUUGGGCACGGAACUAUUAUAUCAUUUGCCAAGUAUAGUCGUUUUCAGGGUCAACUACUACGAAUAAUUACUAUAAACAUGCCACAUUAAGCAAGAGUGACAAGCCAGUCAAUGUACAAAACCACCAAUUCAACAACAAAACCGCUCGUCGCAAUUCAAAAACCAAUAUAUUCUAUUCAGCAUUUCAUAUGCUGGGUGAAUCCCGCUAUGUCCGCUGCCCUCGAGAUAGCCGCUAUGUCGUGUACGCGGUUAUAUCUGCUCGGGACUCCCCUCCUCCUUGUUCCAAUAUGUACAACUAUCCAGCCAAUUUUUGCCAUAGAGUCCCUUCGCGGCCCAUGAUCCAUUAUUUCAAGCCAGUUAUGCCAAGGUUGGCCCGCUGUCCCCUCAAAUC